UGGAGGAAUAUAUACCUGGACGAAAGAAUUCGUGGGAGGGAUCUUCCGGGAGGAAUCACGAUCUUGGUGGGAGGGAUCUUCGUCGGAGGGAGUCCGCGUUGUGCGUCAAAGAGACGGUCGAGAGAGAUAAGGAAACGGAGAAAGUUAAGGGAGACGGAGUCAAAGUGUGCUACAGAAAAUCAAUGCGGUGCACUUGGGCUUCAAAAAUGGUUAAGCUCUCAUUAAAACAGGCGAAUUCUUCACAUCCCCUGAUAGCGAAAAGCUUCAUUAUCGUCCUCGCAACAAUGGCCGCCAUGAACAGUCCCUCGACAACCUCAAUCUGCGACGACCACGGCCCGGUAGUCAAACCGGACCCGUUGGUGUCGUUUCUAGAGAAGGUCCAAGAGGCCGCACUUCGGGCCUACGGGCCCAAAGGGUUCGACCCGAAGAAAUACGUUGACUUGGGCCUGAAGCAACCCCUGUCCGAGACCGAAGCUCUUUUCGGCCGGCUGAACGGUUCGAUCACCAGAGCCGAGCUGGAGAAGUUUGUGUCGGACCGUUUGGUCGGCCCCGAACACGACUUGGAGUACUCCGAGCCGGCUGACUUCGUGCCCGAACCGGAGGGGUUCCUGCCGGGGGUUGAGGAACCGGAGGUUCGGAAGUGGGGUUUGGAGAUCCAUUCGCUUUGGAAGAAUCUGAGUAGGAAGGUUGGGGAGGCGGUUCGGAAGAAUCCGGAGCUGCAUACUUUGCUGCCUUUGGAGAACCCGGUUAUCAUUCCCGGUUCCCGGUUCCAGGAGGUUUAUUACUGGGAUUCUUACUGGGUUAUCAGGGGGUUGCUAGCCAGCAAAAUGUACGAAACAGCAAAAGGAAUUGUUUAUAAUCUUUUGUCUCUCGUUGAAAAGUAUGGUUUUGUUCUUAAUGGUGCACGAGCUUACUAUACCAACCGCAGCCAGCCUCCUCUAUUGAGUUCAAUGAUUGUUGAUAUAUAUAACCGGACGGGUGAUUUGAAAUUGGCUAAAACAGCACUUCCUCUAUUAGUCAAGGAGCAUCACUUUUGGAAUUCAGGGAUGCAUAAGGUGACUGUUGAAGAUGCUCAAGGAGAUUAUCACAGUUUAAGCCGUUAUCACGCAAGGUGGAAUGAGCCUAGACCCGAAUCCUCAACCAUUGACAAGGAAACAGCUUCCAAAGUGUCAAGUGAAUGUGAGAAGAAAAAAUUGUACCGUGAAAUUGCAACAACCGCUGAAUCUGGGUGGGAUUUCUCUUCCCGCUUCAUGAGGAAUGAAUCUGAUCUCACAACAUUGUGCACUACAUCAGUUCUUCCUGUGGAUCUUAAUGCAUUCGUUCUCAAGAUGGAACUUGACAUUGCCUUUCUAGCUAAUGUUCUUGGAGACAAGAAGUUGGCUGAGAGUUUUACAAAAGCAGCAAAAGCUAGAAAAGAUGCGAUUGACUCAAUUUUCUGGAACAAAGAGAUCGGCCAGUGGCUCGAUUACUGGUUGUGCAGUAGCAGUAUCACACCCGAGGGUGUCUAUAAGUGGGAUUCCAAGCACCAGAAUAAGAAACCAUUUGCUUCAAACUUCAUACCCUUGUGGGUAGAGUUGUUUCACAAAGAUCAUGAGACAGUUAAGAAGACAAUCAAUAGCUUUAACAAAUCCGGGCUUCUUCUUCCCGCAGGGAUUCCAACGACGUUGUCAAAAACUGGACAACAAUGGGAUUACCCCAAUGGUUGGGCCCCUCUUCAACAUAUGAUAGUGGAAGGCCUUGUGAAAUCAGGAUUAGGAGAGGCAAAGGAAUUGGCUAAUGAUAUUGCAAGGAGAUGGUUAAGAACAAACUACGCUGUCUACAGAAAAACAGGCGCAAUGUAUGAAAAGUAUGAUGUUGAAAAAUGUGGCGAAUUUGGUGGUGGCGGUGAAUAUAUAUCUCAAACGGGUUUCGGAUGGUCGAAUGGAGUUGUGUUGGCCUUCUUGGAGGAAUUUGGAUGGCCUAAAAACCAGAAAAUGGACUGCUAAAGAAUAUAUGUGAUGAGUUAAU